GCUCUGGACUCGGCUUGUAUGCGUUUGAUGGUGUUCGUGUGGCAUUGCAGUCAAAGUGACAGCUCGAGCUAUGAAGGCAUACGGCAGGAUGGUCAGGAAUAAGAAAACAGUGUCGAUGUGUGACGGUGUUUGAAAUUCAUUGGAAAAAUCUGUUUUUAGGACGGGUGCAAUAUUAUCGGUGGUAUAAACCGACUCGGGUUGAUUUGGAUGCUGAAGGUAGUGAAAUUGUGCUGCAGUGAUAUUGUUUUUGUCAUAACCAUACGCGGAAAACGAUAUUGUUGGCACCGAAAAUCGUGAAUAGAAAAUUGAUCGCAAAAACCAAGCAGGAUAGUGAAAAAAUACACAAAGAUGGCUAUCAUCAUGAGACUUGGGCCGUACUUCGGAGCAGUAGAUAGUAGAAUACUGCAAGGAUAACCCUGAUUAGUAGCAGAUUUGUUUGUAUCAAGAUUCCGACAAGAGGGAAUGUCAUAUCAUCGUGUCAAAUACGAAAAGAUAAUCUACUCGCCGAAAAGCAGUCCUCGGCGGACCUCGGACCUGAAGUGACAUCGAAAAUCACUCUGCCGCUCGCAGCACGACGCGUCGCUAGCUUUGAUUAGUCGAGUCCGUUAGAUCGUGAUGUUGACAUCGAAACGACGUUAAUUUUGAUUGAGUGUUUAGCUAGGGACGCGUGAACAUGACAGUUUCCUCGGUGCUUUCCUCUCUCCUUAUGUUUCAAUUUCCAUCAGAUUCCGAUAUCGAUAAUGUCCCAGUGAUUGUCCGUGACUUUUGCGACGUGAUUUCUGUGUCCCCGACGUUUUUUUGCUGUGGUGCCACUAGGGUAGAAACGUUGUCCAUUGACCGAUUGUAGCUUCUUUUUUUUGGUAAAGUUAGCAGCUCUAAAUUUGACUCAGCGCCACGACGUCCGACCGAAGACAAUAGUCAGCGUUUUUACCCUACAUCCGAUGAAAUCGAGUCGAAUGCAAAACAGAACGAUUCCAGGCCCCAUUCAACUGUUGCUGGUCGACCGUGCGGAUCGGUUUCGUGGAGCAGCUUCAAAUGGUAAACAAAAAUGUUGUUUUUUAUUCCAGUGGUUGUAAUUGAAACUUGCCGUCGUCGUCGUCGUCGUGCUGUUUAUCAGAGUGCGCAUAACGUUGCAUCAUAACAAUGAACGGUAGACUAUAAUAACAAAUCUGUUGUAGUUAGUAGUGCAGAAGAAAGUUAAAACAAACAUGUGCAAAAAUGAAGGAUAACAUUGGCGAGUGCGAACAGUUGCAGUGGUCGAUCUGAUGGUCCUCUUAACGUCGGUUUAACCCUCGAAACCUAUUCGGCUGCCAUCCAAGCUUAGUGUUGAGGAUGUCCGAUGAGAACAAAUGCCAGGUGUACAUCUAUCUGAGUGAAAGUUUCAUCGACAUCCUGAUCAGUGAGGGCGAUACCUGCGAGGAUCUGUGCUCGGAACUGUGCAAACAGUUUGGAAUUGGACCGCUGGUACAGUUGCUGGUAGGCCUGCGGAUACACGACGAACGAUGGUUCCUGCCGCCGAGUGGCCGGCCCCAAGCCGGCAAGAAGUACGAUUUUCGCGUCAGAUACAAGUUACCCAAACUGUCCAGCAUGAAGGCGUUGGAUCGUGCCCUUUUCAACUACUACUACUACCAGCUGCGGCACGAUCUUCUGCAGAGCAAAAUUACCGAGAUCGAGUACGACGAGUACAAAAACAAAAUCUUGGGCUACGUCGUCAACGACAUGUACCGAAAGAUGAUCGAGGAUGGUGUGACCGUGGCGGACCUGAAGCGCACCUACGAUGAUUACAUUCCACGUAAGAUAAACAAGGAGCACUCGUGGCUCUUCGUAAACUGGGCCCGAACGAAGGUGUUCAGCUCGUUGAGUAAGAUCUGCUACAAGGAUCACGACGUAGACUAUGUCAAAUGUGUCUAUAUCGAUGAUAUAGACAACGUUGCGCCCGGUUAUUUGUAUGAGGAAUAUAACGUAAGCAUACCGUACCCUCCGGAGGACGGUAUGAGCAAACCGGGGAAAUGCCGGGUGAAGAUCAAAUUCAUACCGUACGCUCGGAAGACCAAUUCCAGCGCAAAGUCGGGCAAGAAUGUGCAAACCGAUGACAGCGAAUCGCUGUCCGGAUUGAAGGUGUUUUAUUCGCGGGAGUGGCGACACGUCGCGAAUAUCGAUGAAAUUUUUACUAUACUAGUAGAGAACCUAACGGUGAAUAUUUCACUCAAGGAUCAUAAGAAUCUUUACUCGAUAGACUUUAGCAGUCAGACUGAAUUAGAUUCAUUCGUUACAUGCUUAGCUGGAUAUUAUAGGUUAAUGUGUAAGUGGACGGUGUAUCUUUGUAAACCUUACUUGUAUUCACCCUCGUUAAAUAGACUAACGGAGCUCAAGUGUCAUGGACCUAUCGGAGGAAAGUUCUCCUAUCGUAAAAUAGCUGAAAAGAAUAGCAGCAUCGGUGCUAACAUCGUACGUCAAUGCGAAUCCCAUUACGACACCUACUAUGUCGACAUUCUAGAGCGCGAGAAUCAAAUGAAGACUUAUAAACUAACGUACGGCCAAAACCGUUGGCAUGUGCAUCGAGACGCCGGCGAAGUAACCACCUACGACGAACUGCUGGACGUUCUACGGAAUCUCAAUCCCAACAUUAAAAAUCUGUACCGACUGUCACCAACGGAACACGACAAGUCCUCGAAUCUGCUGCUGUGUCUGCCCCAGAACGAUAUGAUCUCAAAGCGAAUGCUCGACGCCCACGAAAUGCACCAAGUUCGGCCACAGAUUGUGUCGGCGUCCAAGGAGCUGGUCAUCAACAGAAAUGCGCUCAAGAACGAAAGUGAUGGAUUUUUCGAAAGAACCCGGGCUGAAUUAAUGCUUCCAAAUAAUACGAAAAUGGAAGUCACACUGCGAUUGUUGAAAAAUGACAAAAAAGAUGAAUAUUUAAGUGAUUUUCUGCAACUGGCUGACUUCUGGGCCAACAUAGACUGUAAGGACAUCAUAAAGCUGUACGGUGUAACGCUGUACAAACCGAUCUCAAUGGUGCUGGAAAACUACCGGGACGGACCGCUGGACGAGUUCCUUCGGCGGCAUCGGCACGUGUCACUUUCGGCGCUGAUUGACGUUGCCCAUUCUUUGGCGCUUGCUCUCUAUUAUCUGCAGGAAAAUGGCCUGGUGCACGGUUGGAUACGUUGUUCGGCCAUGCUGGUGACCCAGUACGAUCGGAACGAGAACCGACUGAUAGCGAAGCUCGGUGAUCCUGGUCUGCAGCAGCAUCGCCAGUAUACCGAUCGGGAUUUGCUUUGGGUACCGUUGGAGUACCACGAGUUUGGACCAAGGGAAGUGCAAUUGUUGAAACAGGACCUGAAGGCAGAUGUCUGGGCUUGUUCGACGACUCUGUGGGAGAUUUUCAGCCGAGGCAAACGGUUGAUGGUGAAGAAUGCCAAACAGUUUCUGGCCAGUGGACAUCGGUUACGGGUGCCACCCGAGUGCGAGGACAUCAAGGAGAUUUACCAGUGCAUGUACAAUGGAUGGUUGGCGGAUCCGGACAAACGAUUUGCUCCGCAGAUGAUUAUCUCCAAGCUGGUGCAAGCUAAGCAAAAAAGCAACUAUUGUGUGAUAGGUCAUGGUAAUAUAAACGGAACAACGAAUUCCACAAAUGGUUCAUACUCUAAGCAAAGCGUACUCUCUAUAGAAACAGAUUCUACCUUGCUGAACUCCCGAACCGACGUUUCCAGUUCGUCCUACGUCAGCCACGGCAGUGAACCCGGCAGCAGUGCAUCGAGCGAGUGCAGUUCGCAUCCGUUGAUAUCGAACGGUGGCUCUAGUCAGUACAGCGUCGGUUCGUACAGUGGCUGGGGCCAAUCGCAGGCGGAACGCUUCCUGUACGACUGUCCGGAUUUUAUCGAGCUUCCUCGUGGGACCAAAGUGAUAUUCCAGGGUGAACUGGGCCAGGGAUACUACGGUAAAGUUUACAAAGGCUGUAUCGACGAUGGAAAAUACUCGAUUCAGGUGGCUCUGAAAACGAUCAACAACUACGGCAAUUCGAUGGACAUAGACAAGGUGGUCACGGACUUCAAGCGCGAGGUGUCAAUUAUGAAACGUCUAAAACAUAGGAAUAUAGUUAAUUUUAUUGAUUUUAUCGAUGAACCGGACAAACUGGUUGUGGUGAUGGAAUACAUGGAACAUGGAUCAUUGUUAGAUUUUCUAAGCUACGAACGGCACACUUUGAGCAAGUUGAACUUGUUGCGGUUUGCGAAUGAUAUUGCUAACGGUAUGCACCAUCUGUUCGAGAAGAAAAUCAUUCACCGGGAUCUGGCAGCCCGUAACAUUUUGGUUCAAAGCGUCGAUUGCGUGAAAAUUUCCGACUUCGGUUUGGCACAGAUGACCGAUGGCGGCAACUACUACGUGGCACAGAGUAAUCGCGAGCUUCCGAUCAAGUGGUACGCACCGGAAACGUUGCGUACGCAAAAGUAUUCCUUCCAAUCGGACGUGUGGUCCUUCGGUGUAACGCUGUACGAAAUGUUUACCUUCGGUGAAACACCGUACCCAAAUGUGGAAAUUUUCAACGCAGAUCAGUUGUACAAUCUGAUUAUCAACGAAAACGUGAGGUUAGAGCUACCCGGCAAAGACCGAGAUGUAUACGAUCGGCUUAUGGUGCCCUGUUUCAAUCUGGACACCCAGUUGCGGCCUACCUUCCUGCUGUUGCUGGAAAAAAUCGAAGAACUUAUCAAUCAAUACGGCGAAUCUAUUCAACCGCUGUAGGAAAGAAUCUAUUCAACGAAACGAUGAUAACAGCUGCGAACUGAAAAGUGGUGAUGAUACCAGCGAGUGAUCAAAUGGUUUCAAAAAAAAAAUGGUGAACAGCUGCUUUCUAUUCUGAAUAGGCUAGAACAUAUAGAUACAAUUUUGAAACGAUGCAUUAGAGGAAAAGAGAUUGCAUUUCUUUUUGGAGGACGUACAACACAACUUUUUCACUAGUUUUAUGCACCGCUACUGCAGUUCCACUUCGUAUCUAUUGCAACUGCUUGUUUACACGAAAUGCACCUUAAGGAACUAAAAGCCAAUGUUUUUUUCCUAUUUUUCUAGAUUUUAAUCUGUCUAUUUGUACAAUAUAUACGUGUCAGCUCAACAAUUAUUUUAACAGCUGUAACUGAAAGCAGUACCCGUCUAACUGUGCAUAUAUGGAUGUGUCUUACGUACAGUUGUUAUAUUAUCUACUUUAAGAGGAGCGCCGGCUCCGCAUCCUGACUUUUAGCGAGUAAUGCGUGUUGAUUAUUAGCCAUUGACCCAAUCGGAAUAUCAUCUAGCAAAGAUCAAACAGUGUCGACAUUAAUCGGAAAUUUAUAUUCUCAAAGUGCCACAGAAAUAGUUGAGGUUUCUUUUUUAAGUUUCUCUCCCUCCUGAACAAGUCCUAUUGUUUUGUGGGAGCUUGUUUUAAAUUUGUGCCUUUUUGUUUAGUUAUAUAAAGUUUGUUUUCUGUGGACGAAAGCAAACCUGUAGUUUAUCGUUUCGCAUAGCAAAGUCAAACAUUUUUGUCGAAGAUGAGAUCGGAAGUAAUGAUACAAAAACAUUAAAGACAUUUUAUAAUCGAAACGGAAAUCCUGUUAUGAAUUAUUUCUAAUUGUUGUACUUGUUUACCACGUGCUUACUAUUGCUACCAAUUCACGUUUGCACGCCCCAAAAAAAAAGAACAAGAGUUGGUUUAGAGAGAUUUUAUUAGAUCUAGGAAACGAAAAUCAAUUGACCUGAAGCAUUGCGAAAUAUAUGACGAAUUCUUAGGUAAGGGAGAUAUAUUUUGAGUUAGAAAUUAUACUAAAAUUCCAAUGAAGUGAUGAAACGAAAGAACUUAAAUAUAUAUAAGUGUAUAUGAAUGUUCCAAA